CACACCUAAUUUUGCUAAUUGUUUAUGUAGUUUCUUCUUCACACAAAAUCUAACAAAAAAAAAAAUAAAAAAUCGUGUUCUUUGCUAGAGUUUUAAGAAAUGGGGUUGGUACUUUGUUUUGUGUUCGUUUUCAUUGUAUCGGUAGCGUUAGGAAAUGGCCAAUUGCAAAGUAAUGUUGUCGACGUGACGAGUUUUGGUGCCCUUGGAGAUGGAAAGACGGAUGAUUCGAAGGCAUUUCUAGAAGCAUGGGAAAAAAUAUGCGGAGAAAAAGGAUCACAAACUCUGCAAAUCCCUAUUGGCAAAACCUUCAAACUUCGGCCUAUUCUCUUCAAAGGUCCAUGCAAGAGCAACAGUAUCAAUUUUCGGCUACUGGGAAAGAUUAGUGCUCCGACCAAAAGUGAAUGGGGAGAAAAAGGAAAUGGGAGAUGGAUUAUAUUCAAAGACGUGAAGAAUCUCAUCGUCGAUGGUUCUGGCAUUAUCCAAGGAAGUGGUCCAACUUGGUGGAAUGAUGUACAUUCAAAUCGACCCACGUCACUGGCUUUCAGAAGCUGCGACAAUUUACGAUUGAAAUCGAUUACUUCGAUCAAUAGUGCAAAAAAAUAUAUCAGCAUCAAUUCUUGCACUGAAGUGACAGUAUUUAACGUAACAUUAAUCGCGCCUGAACAUAGUCCGAAUACGGAUGGCAUCAAUCUAGUGGGAUCGAGUCAGGUUAAUCUGUUCCACUCAACUAUCGCAACUGGUGAUGAUUGUGUAGCCAUAAAUGGAGGUUGUUCUGGCAUCAAUAUCACUAACGUGUAUUGCGGCCCUGGUCAUGGACUUAGUGUGGGAAGCUUAGGAGGAAACAAAGCCGAAAAAGUGGAACAUGUUCAUGUCAAGAAUUGUACUUUCAACGGAACUCAAAACGGAGCAAGAAUCAAAACCUAUCCGGGAGGAUCAGGGUAUGCGAAGAGUAUCUCAUUUAAAGACAUUAUACUGAUAAAUACAAGAAACCCCAUUAUAAUCGAUCAGCAUUAUGGCUGUAGAGAUCAUUGCCCUCCCACGACUUCAGCGGUUGAAGUGAGUGAUGUGAAGUUCAUAGGGUUUCACGGGUCAGCGAGUAAAGGAGCAAUAACUUUGAGUUGCAGUGAAGUCAAAAGAUGCAACGGCAUCGUUUUAGAGGACAUCACCAUUAUUCCGGCGACUAAGGGCAAAACGUUGGAGGUCGUAUGCAACAAUGUUGAUGGUACUGUCCAAGAUACAACACCUACGGUGUCUUGUUUAUCCAAACCAUAAUUUUUUUGUUUCUAAAGAAAAUGUGGGAAGUAUAGUAUGAUGAUAAAGUGUAUGAAAGUAAACUAAUAUUUUUAUAUUUUGAAAAGUGACUCAUAUUUUAAUAUGUGACA